AUGGACUUACUAGGAGGCUGUCGACUCUCGCGACCACAAACCGUAUGUUGCAACGCAGCCAUGAACCCGCAAACUUGCUCCACUGCACUUGUGUUAAACCCUGCAGUCUCUCCACGAUGUUACCCGGUCAUCACAAGGUCGACGUUCGUUGUUGUUGCUUUGCAAGCCACAGCGGGCCGAGCUGCAGCGGAGCUUAUCGCACCCCCAAUCGACGACAUGGGUACAUUAACGCGGUUUUCCGGCGAUUUGGAUCUAAAACAACCCCGGCCUUGA